AUGAGUCUAUCUAGAUGUACCAUAAGCCAUUGUCGCAGAUAUCCUGUUUCUCUUCACUCACUCCAUGGCGCAUUCAACCUCUCAGCCCGGCGUACUCGGCUCUUACCACCGGGAAGCACGAGGGCCUAUUCUUCCCAACACGGUGACGAUCCUAGGUUGAAGGACCUUGGGAAACAGAUAUAUGAUGAUUAUGCUGCUAUAAGAGAGCAUUACGCUACUCCUAAAUACCCGGUUGUCCUCGCCCAUGGCUUAUUGGGAUUCGCAGAACUCCGUCUGGCUGGGGGAUGGCUACCCGCCAUUCAUUAUUGGCGCGGGAUAACUGAUGCAUUGAAAGCCAACGGCGUUGACGUUAUAACCGCAUCAGUGCCCCCAUCUGGGAGCAUCGAGCAGAGAGCUGAGAAGUUGGCCCGUGGCAUUGCAGAGGUUGCGCGGGAUAAGAGCGUGAACAUCAUAGCUCACUCUAUGGGCGGUUUAGACUCUAGGUACAUGAUAUCUAACCUUCAACCUAAAAAUGUGGACGUGAAAUCUCUAGUCACCGUUGCUUCUCCGCACCGCGGUAGCGCCUUUGCGGAUUACGUGUUCAACGAGAUCGGCCCAGAAAGACUUCCGAGUAUAUAUCAGUUCGUUCAAGGCGUGGGUAUGGACACGGGCGCUUUCGAGCAGCUCACCCCAGCGUAUAUGACAGAAAGUUUCAACCCGCGAACUCCAGAUGAUCCGAGCGUUCGCUACUUCUCAUACGGGGCUAUGAUGGAUCAACCUCCUUUGCUUUCGCCUUUCCGGCAUUCCCAUAAGAUUAUCAACGACGUAGAAGGUCCUAAUGACGGUUUGGUCGGUGUGUCAAGUUCUAAAUGGGGCUCAUAUAAGGGGACUUUAGUAGAUGUCAGCCAUCUGGAUUUGAUCAACUGGACGAAUCACCUGAGAUGGACUUUGUUGAAGUGGAUGGGUCAAGGCCCAAAGUUCAACGCUAUAGCAUUCUACCUCGAUGUAGUUGAUAUGCUAGCAAAGGAGGGUUUAUAG